AUGCGUUUGUUUGGAAACAAACGAGAAAAGGGAGUUGUUGGAUACUUUGCUGGUCAUGCUGACGGAAUCGCGUACAUCUAUACGGCGCAUGAUGGAAGAACUGUACUCACAUCAGCGAAAGAUCAAGCGAUCAAACUCUGGGAUAUUCGAAUGUUUACGAGACCGGAGGCGACGGAAAAGUUCACCUCUCAAAUCGCAGACGACUACUGGGACUACCGACACGAUUAUGUUCCCACGAGGCAUCAGAAUACAGUUGUUGAAGUGGAUGAAGAAGAUACAAGUGUGCUCACUUUUAAAGGGCAUAUUCUUCUGUUUUCACCGCCAGGAGUUGUUGGAUACUUUGCUGGUCAUGCUGACGGAAUCGCGUACAUCUAUACGGCGCAUGAUGGAAGAACUGUACUCACAUCAGCGAAAGAUCAAGCGAUCAAACUCUGGGAUAUUCGAAUGUUUACGAGACCGGAGGCGACGGAAAAGUUCACCUCUCAAAUCGCAGACGACUACUGGGACUACCGACACGAUUAUGUUCCCACAGGGCAUCAGAAUACAGUUGUUGAAGUGGAUGAAGAAGAUACAAGUGUGCUCACUUUUAAAGGGCAUAUUCUUCUGUUUUCACCGCCAGUCAGAAAGAACAAAACCAUUUUUUGA